AUAAUCUACGUAGCUCGCAACGCCAAGGACUCAGUGGUGUCCUAUUUCCAUUUUGACCGCAUGAACAAGGCCCAGCCGGAGCCCGGUGACUGGAGCAGUUUCCUCCACAGAUUCAUGGAGGGGAAAAUGGUGUUUGGUUCCUGGUACGAACAUGUGACAUGCUGGUGGGAGAAGAAACAGACCAGAUCUAACAUCUUAUAUUUGUUCUAUGAGGAUCUGAUUGAG